CGUUCCUCGACGAGCGGUUCCGGGGACGGGACCUUCCAGCUGCUCCCGUUUCUGCGUUUGCUGCUUGCGAUGUCUCCGUCGCCUGCUGCUGCUAUCGCUGUUGUUAUGGGCGCCGGAUCAGUGCGGGGCCGGAGCAACAGUCUCCUUCCUCAGUCCCGUCCCGGCCUAGCUCCGCUGUCUGGUGCGUCGCCCCACAGCUGGUCCCUCGAGCUCCCUUCUUAGGGAGACCUGUAGAGCAGGGCCGGAAGCCGCUGUUAUAUAAGCUCCGCUUUUCUCCGUCGGGGGUGAGCCGCGCCCUGCACCCCCCGACCCGACCCGCCGCAGGCAGGACAGUGUCACUGAUGGGCAGGAAGCGUGGCACGCCUUGUCAAGCCCGGCAGAACCGCUUUGUGUGUAGUUCAGGGCACUGGGUGGCACUGACAUUGCACCUUCGCAGAGCAGAGAGAUUGCAGGCAGGGCAACGUAAGGUCUGUCCUGGCUCGGGCACCGGCUCCUGGAGGUUGGCGUGACAUUUGCCGUCAGUGGAUCGGGGGAUUGUCCAGGUCUUUUUGCCUUCUACGGUUCAUCUGCAAAAGCCCUGGUCAGUUUGAAAGAGGGAAGCUUAUCUAACACAUGGAAUGAAAAAUUCACUUCUGUGCAGAAAACACCUAUUUGGAAAGGCAAGAAUGCAGGCGCUGCAGUAGAAAUGUCAUUCAGAAGUUCAAAACGAAGUCGUUCCUUUUGUGAAGAAGAAGAAAGACAAAUAAAUACAAGAUCACCUAAAAGAAAUCAGAGGGUUGCAAUGGUUCCACAGAAGUUUACUGCAACAAUGCCAACCCCAGACAAAAAAGCAUCACAGAAGAUUGGUUUACGACUGCGUAAUUUACUCAAACUUCCAAAAGCUCACAAAUGGUGUAUAUAUGAAUGGUUCUAUUCCAAUAUAGAUAAGCCACUAUUUGAAGGUGAUAAUGAUUUCUGUGUUUGCCUGAAAGAAUCGUUUCCCAAUCUGAAAACCAGAAAAUUAACAAGAGUAGAAUGGGGAAAAAUCAGACGAUUAAUGGGGAAACCACGAAGAUGUUCUUCUGCGUUCUUUGAAGAGGAAAGAUCUGCAUUAAAACAGAAACGGCAGAAAAUUAGACUUCUGCAGCAGCGGAAGGUGGCAGACAUAUCCCAGUUUAAAGAUCUUCCUGAAGAAAUCCCACUUCCCCUAGUUAUAGGAACAAAAGUUACAGCAAGGUUACGUGGUGCUCAUGAUGGACUCUUCACUGGACAGAUAGAUGCUGUUGACACUCUUAAUGCUACUUACAGAGUAACUUUUGAGAGGACAGGGCUUGGAACUCACACAAUCCCCGAUUAUGAAGUCCUGAGUAAUGAACCUCAUGAAACUAUGCCAAUUGCUGCCUUUGGACAAAAACAGCGGCCUUCUAGAUACUUUAUGACUCCUCCUCGGCUACAUUAUACACCUUCCCUUCAGUCACCAAUUGCAGACAAUGAUCCUUUAUUAGGACAGUCUUCCUGGAAAAACAAAAUUUCAGGCUCAGAUAGUGAGACUUUAGGUGGUUUUCCAGUAGAAUUCCUUAUCCAAGUGACCCGAUUAUCGAAAAUCCUUAUGAUUAAGAAGGAACACAUCAAACAACUCAGGGAAAUGAACACAGAGGCAGAAAAACUGAAAUCCUAUUCUAUGCCCAUCAGCAUUGAAUUUCAACGAAGAUAUGCGACAAUUGUUUUAGAUCUUGAGCAGCUAAACAAGGAUCUAAACAAAGUUUUGCAUAAAGUUCAGCAGUAUUGCUCUGAGCUUGCACCAGAUCAAGGCCUCCAGCUUGCAGACCAUCCAACAGAUUUGAGACGGAGAUGUGAGGAGGAAGCUCAGGAGAUUGUGAGGCAGUCAAAUACAUCAACAACAGGGCAGCCUUGUGUUGAAAAUGAAAACCUAACAGACCUAAUUGCUAGACUUACAGCAAUAUUGCUGCAGAUUAAGUGUUUAGCAGAAGGAGGUGAUCUAAAUUCCUUUGAGUUUAAGUCAUUAACAGAUUCAUUAAAUGACAUCAAGAACUCCAUAGAUUCCUCCAAUAUCAGUUGUUUUCAGAAUAAUGUGGAGAUCCAUGUUGCACAUAUUCAGAGUGGACUCAGCCAGAUGGGAAAUUUGCAUGCCUUUGCUGCAAACAACACCAACAGAGACUGACACAGAGAAAUUUUUACCUUACUCCAAGUGUACAGAAUGUAGUUGUGGAAAAGCCUUGUUAUAAGCUUCACCAAAUAUCCUAACUGCUGGAAGAUAAAGGAAAUGAGAAGGAUAUUUUGAGAUGUGUUGUACUGCUUCUGAAGAAACCAGCAAAAAAUUACCAGCAUUGCUAGAAACUUCAUCACUUGCUAUGCACAUACAAUAUCUUGUUUAACAGCUAAACUUUAGUUGUAAAAAUACAUAUAUUGUUUUAAUUGGAAGAUAUACAGAUAAUGUAAAGGAAGAAUAUUUUAUUUUAAACUUAGUUGCCAUUAAUCCCGAUGUGUUGAAAACAAUGAAAAGGAAAAACACAAGAAAGGGCUGGGUGGCCAUCUCUUGUUCUGAAAGAUACAGUACCCCAAUACUAGUGUGUUACUGCCUUUGAAUUUUAGUCUAUGAACAGUGUGAUGAUUGGUAAAGCAAUGUGUGUAUUCCUUUUUCUGAAAAGUAGCAGCAGAAUGGGAUAUGCAAAGGAAUGCUAGUGGCUAGAUAGCUAUCGUACACUUGUGGAUACUGGGAGUCCUUGUAAAUCAAUUAAUAUUGUUUUGAAUGUUUAAUUUAUCGUAACUUAUAAAAGAAAUCUAAUGAAGGAGUAGAAAAGGACUGCUGGAUUUCCAGAAGUAUGUUUGGCUUGCUUUUUUCCCUUCUUGAAUGGGUAAAAAGUUUUCUAGUUAAGGUAUUUCACACAAAUAACUGGUAAUAUUUUCCACUGAUUUGUUUGCACAACCUUAAACUUAGUAACUGGUUAUGAACCAACUUACAAAGUUUUGACAAUGCAGUUGGCUAGUCAGUCCUGUGAACCUCCUAAAAAUGUAGACGGCUAAGAUCUGAGGGAUAUACUGAAACUUCAAUCUUGUAAAAAGUGUGUAUUGAGUUGUUUAUUUAGUAGUCUUGUAAAGCUUCAGUGUAAUAAAUUGUUUCCAAAUUAGAAUUUUUAGGUAUCUGUAGCAAUGUUUGAUUCUUGGAUGCCUCAUGAAAUGAGGUCUUUUGUAUGUUAAUGUACAAACAAAAUGUAAACAAUUAUUUUCAAUUUAAAAUUUUGUAUAGUUUUAAAAAUGCAUCUGUAUUGUGUCUGUAUCUGUGCUGCUUUAAAACUUAACCGCAGAGUCUAUAUUUAGCAAAUCCUGUUCUAAGAAAUGCAUAAAUAUUUUAUUCACAAUGACUUAUGUAAGUAGCAAUAUUUUCAAAAUUGCAAAACAUUUUAUACCUGAAGAGAUUAGAUAAUUCAAAUAUUCACUUAAUAUAAUCUUAGAAAUAUAUUUUUGCCUGACAACAGGAUAUACUGGAUGUUUAUUCUGUAGAUUACUUCAGAUCCUUCAUGAAAAGUUCUUGCCCUUCGUGGAGUCUAGUCCUUAAGGUUUCUUGUUCAGAAUUAUUAAUUUUUAUUAUGUAAUAGCCUGUUUUGAUGUAUGCUUGAUAAUAUUUUGACUGAAAGUCAAUGACUUUUUUGAAAGCCUGGUUUUACUAUGUACCUUUUUACACUAAAAGAUGUCAGGUGUGAAUUAAUUUGCCACAUCUCCCUGGGCCUUUUUUGUGGAGGAAUGCUCUGCCUGGGUCCUAGUGCCUGCCUUCCCCACUUUCACUAUUAAAUGAUCUUACUGAA